UUUUUUUUUUACGAAUCAAUCAUGGCCAAAAAGAAAAAGAUCGCCAACAAUCGUGGUUAUGCAACAACAUCCAUACCUUCUAAAAAGAUAGUAACACCUUUAUCUACACCAGAUUCGCCGUCUUCCUUGUCGCCACCUCCAACAACACAAGCACCGAUACCGCCUGCUUCACCUUGUUCUCCUCAAGAGCAACCCGAUGAUGUGGCAAGACUAGUUCAACGUUUUAAGAGCUUGAAUCCUCACAAAGUCGAUACCACCAUGGAUCGACUUUUGCAUUCACGUCCAAUGAUUACUCUAAUGAAAGAUCUUAACAUUAAUCCACCUUCUCUUUCUUUCUCAAGUCCUCUGGAACAAGAUAUUUUGAAUGUGAUAAAACAACUAGACGCGUUAGAUAUAUUUUCUUCUCCAUCACUUCGGCGCCGUGCAUCUCAAACCGAUAAAGAUCGUGUGAUUGGUCAUCUAGACGUUAUCUACUUGACUCUGACCAAAUUAGGAUUUGAUCCCAUUGAUAUUGAAGCAUCUUUGAAAGUGACGACAACGACGGAUAUCGACCAUCAUUUGGACUGGUUAUGUUUGAAUGUACCCUAUGAUCGUUUACCAGUAGGCUUUGCUGACACUUACUUCUCCGACCAAGGGGUUCAAAUUAAAUUGCAACAAUCCAAAAUAAACAAGAAGGAAGAUACUUUAGAAGAAACUCGAAAAUUGGAAGAAUUGGUACUUUUGGAUUCCAAGUCCUCGUCUGAACCAACCACCGCUCAAGAUGAUUAUAAAUUACGAGUUCUACAAGCUGCUCAAGAUUAUCUGGAUGAUGACGAAGAAGAAAAAGAGGAUAUCAAUUUACAGCAUGCAAGAAAAAAACUCGAAUUGACUGAAUUAGAGUCCCAAGUUCGUGAAAGUAGUGGAAUGCAAAAGAAGAAAAAAUUCAAAUCAAAAACGUUGGUGACACUCUCCGACCAGGAAUUGGAUCAAAUCAAACAAGAAAUAGAAAACCUUAAACGUACACUGCAAACCAUGGAACAAGAUUGGGAUUAUGACAAGCGCAAAUCACAUGAACUGUUUAUAGAACAACAAAAAAUUUUAGCAGAUCAACGACGACAACAAAUAAAACAAGAUCAAGCUGCAGCGACGGAAAACAUGAAUGAUACACCAAGUGAACAAAACAAAGACGAAUUUAUUAGCAGCAACACGGAUGCAAUCAACAGCAAUACAAACAAUUCUGUUCCUGUGAAUGAUGAUGAUGAUGGUGAUGAUGAUGAUGACAUGUUUGGUGGGUUCAUGGAUAUGAUGGAACAAGAGGCGACAACAACAUCAACAUCUUCCACAAGUAGUCCAACCAUUGAAUGGCAAAUUGUAGAUCUUUCAUUACCUAACUCCUGGAAAGGUCGUACUCCUAAGCAACUCUUGGAAGAAUAUUGCAAAUCAUAUGGGUUCGUUAAAUGCAACUACUCCAAAAUCAAUAAAGGUGCAUCUAUCUGGCAAGCCUCUGUAUCUAUGUCAAAACGAUCUCUUUCGGAUGCUCCUAUGAUAGUUCAUUUACCCGAAAAACUGGCAACGACAAAACCUGUAGAUGCUGAACAACUUGUUGCUGCUGCUGCUCUCUUUCAAUUGGAUCCUCAAUCAUCAACCUAUCAAAUCAUGGCUACACCAUUCAAGAAUUUAUGGUUGGAAUGGAAAAAAGAAAAGAUGGAUAAAGAUGAAGCACCUCGCAUUGAAGCUGAUCGAAAACGGGUACAAUUCCUCAUGGAUAGGUUGAAUGAUUCUUUUAGCCAGAGUCCUAAAAAAAGUCAGCCACGUAUCUUGUCAAAUACAACAGAAUCUCCAGUGGAUGAAUUUGAUUGGGCUCAAGACAACAACAACAAGUCGUUAAAACGAAAACAAAUAUUUGAAGAUGUACAGCAAAGAUUUAGCAAGCGACUCACUACUCCUGCUUAUCUACAAAUGAAGGCCAAAAGAAAGGAUCUCCCUAUUGCUGACUAUCGUGAAGAAAUCCUCAAAAUGAUACAAUCUCAUCAAGUUGUAAUUAUCUCUGGCGAAACUGGAUGUGGUAAGAGCACUCAAGUGCCUCAAUACCUUGCUGAACAUUUGCUUAUCCCUGGAUCCCAUUCUGGUAGUGUCAUUUGUACUCAGCCUAGACGUAUCUCUGCCAUGUCUAUUGCUCAAAGAGUAUCUAAAGAAAUGGGUGAUCGGCCGAAAACAAUUGGAAGUAAGGAAGCCAUGGUUGGAUAUCAAAUUCGGUUGGAAAACAAAGUCUCGGAUGAAAAUGUUUUAGUAUUCUGUACUACGGGUAUUUUAUUACGUCGAUUGGAAAGUGAUCCCUGGUUGAAUGGUAUAUCUCAUGUUGUUGUGGAUGAAGUACAUGAACGAACUAUCGAUAGCGAUUUCCUUUUAGUUGUUCUACAACGUCUUUGUCAUAAUCGACCUGAUUUACGUGUGAUUUUGAUGAGUGCCACUGUCAAUGCCAACCGAUUUUCAGCCUACUUUGGAAAUUGCCCUGUUGUUUCCGUCCCUGGGAGAACUUUCCCUGUCCAUGUCCAAUACCUUGAAGAUAUUGUAGAAACUACAGGUUAUGUCUUGGAAGAAGAUUCUCAUUAUGCUAUCAAGAAAUCCAGAAUACAAACAAAUCAAGGCAAUAUUCAUGUGUCUGGACGACAUGGGUCUUCCAAGACGAUCCAUUAUGAAAUAUUUGAUGAAGAUUCUGAUGCUGAUGAUUCAUACAUUAUGCCCAAUCCAUCCAAACUGUCUAUAGUACAAGCUGAUGAAAACCAAAAUGAUGAAGAUGAAACUUGCUCCCAACAAUAUAGUCGUCAAACACUGAAAAUGGUUAAGCGGAUGGAUGAAAACAAAAUCAAUUAUGAUCUUAUUGUGAACUUGUUGGAACAUAUCUAUCAACAAUCAAACAGCAACCAAGAUGAAACCAUUCCUCGAUCUGGGGCCAUUCUGAUAUUUUUGCCAGGCAUGCCUGAAAUUCGAAAACUGUAUGAUUUGAUUUCCAUGCACAGCAUUUUGGGUGACGAAAAAAGAACACUCUUGAUUGCUUUACACUCUACCUUGUCAUCCGAACAACAAGAACGGGCAUUUGAUCUUCCACCACAUGGGAUUCGAAAGAUAGUAUUAGCCACCAAUAUUGCGGAAACUGGGAUUACGAUUAGUGAUGUCACUAUUGUCAUUGAUACCGGUAUGGCCAAGAUUAUUAAUCAUGAUCAAGAAAAACGAAUAACAAGAUUACAACAAAUGUAUGUGGCAAAAGCAAAUGUUAAUCAAAGAAAAGGUCGAGCUGGACGUGUACAAGAAGGAUUGUGCUACCAUCUGUUUACCCAAGAUCGAUACAACAAGAUGGCAGAUUAUGAAACUCCCGAAAUUUUACGAUUACCUUUGGAAGAACUCUGUCUCCGUAUCAAAGUAUGUCAUCUAGGAUCUAUCGAAGAAGUAUUGGAAACUGCGUUGGAUGCUCCUUCUAAAAAGAUGGUCAAGAAUGCUAUUCAGACAUUACAAGAAGUGCAAGCAUUAUCCAAUGAUGAAUUUGAAACGUUGACUCCUUUGGGAACUCAUCUGGCGAAUCUUCCCGUGGAUGUACAUAUUGGCAAGAUGAUUCUUUUUGGUGCCAUAUUCCGUUGUUUGGAUCCCAUCCUAACUAUUGCUGCUGCAUUAUCAUUCAAAUCACCUUUUGUUAGACCAUUUGGCGAUGAAGAUGAAGCCGAUAAAGCCAGAGAACAGUUCAAACAAGAUGAAUCUGAUUUCUUGACCAUUUACAGAGCAUACUGUGCGUGGAGGGAUGAAUUCAAACGAGUAAGACAAGGAUCAGGGUGGCGAAGGAAAAUAUAUGAAUUUUGCAAGAAACAUUACCUUAGUCAAAAGAACUUGGAAACAAUCGAAGACAUGAAAAAACAAUACUUAGAGCUUCUGAUCAGUAUUGGAUUUGUCAAGGUAGCCGAGGAAGAUAUCAACCAAUUAAAACGAUACGACAUGUUGAACCGUACCAGUUUCCUUUGUCACAUUCCUCCGAUAUAUAAUCAAUAUAGUCAUUCCACCAAUAUGAUCAACGCAUCCAUCACUGCCGGUCUUUACCCCAAGAUUGCGCUCUACAAUCCAAACACACAUGCAUUCAUCAAACAAGACAUGACCAACAUGACCAUACAUCCAUCCUCCACUCUUUGCAAACAACAAUUAUCUACCGAAUUCUUGGUCUACAACACUGUGGUGAUGAAUAAUGACAAGGUAUACAUGUGGGAAACUUGUUCUAUCGAUCCUAUAGCUGUGAUUCUAUUGGCAAAUGAUAUGGAUAUUAUGCAUUGUCAAAAAAUGGUGGUAGUCGAUCAAUGGAUUCAGUUUCAAUGUUAUGCUCGUACAGCCACCUUGAUCAAAUUCCUUCGGCAUGAAAUGAAAAAAUGGCUACAAGAUAAAAUGGAUGAUCCUGGAUUGGACUUGACAAAUGCCUCUGCUACUAUUAUGGAAUUGAUAGUCAAGAUAUUGGAAGCUCGGAAUGUCAGUUUAGACAGAUAAAUAGAUACAUGAUUCAUUUUCUCUACUUUCCAUUUUUGCUAUUCUUACAUUGAUCAGUUACUGAAUAAAGAUUGUAUAGUUUAUAU